AGGAACAAGAAAAGAUAACUAACCUUGACAAUGAAUGCACUGAACUUCUUUUCGCUUUUCUCCAUUGUUCUACUACUGGGUAAACAUUAGUGUUUUUAAAUUAUAUUGAAAUAUUUGUUUAUGAACUUAUAUAAUAUAUUUCGAUUAAUGACAAGAACUAAUGUGUUUUUAUUUACUUACUUUGUUUUUUGGAAUUUUCCCCUCUGAAAAAAAAUUACUAUAAUAUGAUACCAUUAAUUCCUAUGACAUUGUGUGAAGGUACAGCACUUAAAGUCUAUGCAUAAACUCCACCUCCAAGGGUUUGAUCUUAUAUGUACGAUGAUGUUUGACGGUUGUGUUUAAACGAGGUUGUAACUUUAAAAUAUUCAUUGUCGUGUGGGGUGGGGAGGAGGGGAGUAGGAACUUUUUUCAUCCGUAAGACAUUGACUUGUUUUGAAUUACAACAAAACUUUCAUUCUUUAAUUGAAUGAUAAAUUAAUACUGUCUAGGACAGUGUACACCCUGUGUCGUACCUAAUAGGGGGUAAAUAAUUUUGUUGUUAAUUAACCAAUAAUUUCAAUUUGCAUUUACUUGCGUAUUUUAUUGAACACUCAUAAAAUUUAUUGAUUUAAAAAAAGAAAAGAAAAAAUAAUUGCAUCUUAUCAUUCUAGCCUAUCUAACAAGGUGUUUUUCUCUGGGGUCACCUAAGAGAAUCUGAAAAAAAAAACCACAUAUUUAUGAAGUAGCAACGAAAAUAAUUUUAUGGUUGGGGGUCUCCACAAAAUGAGGAACGGUAUUAAGGGGUAGCGGCAUUAGGAUGGUUUGAGAACCACUGUUUAAGAUGAACAUGCUCUGAAGCUCAUUUUGAGCCUUAAAAAAUGUGGUAUCUUCCAGUCAAAUCUAAAGGUAAAAAUACGUUAAGAAGUUAAGUAAAAAGGAAAAAAAAGCUUUCCUAAAAAUCAAAAUCUAAUCUGAACCAUUUAUAAAUGUUAUUUUAACGUUUUUUCUGUCUCCAUCACUGGGUCAGGCUGUGUCAAUGCCAACACUAUACCCGGACGUGGAAUAGACUGUGACAAGCCUUGUCCUCGCAUCUAUAGUCCCGUCUGCGCGAGCAACGGUGUGACGUACAACUCGCGUUGUGAAUUUGAAGUUGCCGACUGCAAGAAACUGACAGAGGACCUUGUCAUCAUCGUCAAAGAAGGCGCGUGCAUUGGUGGACUGGGCGCCGCGACACCGCGAAGAUUCACGAUCUGCCGCCAGGACCAGUGUAAUAAUAAUAAUUAAUAACUAAUAACAAUGGGCCGAUUUUGGUUUUUUUCGCGUGCCGCCUGAACUCCCCAGUCCAACCCUGGGCGCGUGUUAGAGGCAGAGAGCUUCCACGACGACUUCAAAAGUCUUUUUCUUGUUCUAAAAUAACGUUCGUAGUUUUCCAAAAUUUUGUCUACUUUUUAAAAUUUUUUUUUUUUAAACAUCACAAAUUAACUCAUUUUUUCCUUAACUUAUUUUACCCAUGAGGGAAAAAGAAAAGAAG